AUGGGUCGUCGUGACAUAUUCAAGGAGCUUCUCACCCACCAACCCACGAUCGUUCUCGGGUUGGUGAGGAAAACACCAGGUAUGGCUGAACGGGCAUCUAUCGCCGUUGUAGCAGAUUUCAAGAAGUUUCUCACCUACCAACCCACGAUCGUCUUCGGGUUGGUGAGGAAAGCACCUGCUAUGGCUGAACGGGCAUCUACCGCAUUUGUAGCAGAUUUCAAUGAGUUUCUCACCCACCAACCCACGAUCGUCCUCAGGUUGGUGAGGAAAGCACCUACUAUGGCUGAACGAGCAUCUACCACCUUUGUAGCAGAUUUCGUGGCCACCCAUGUAGAACUUACACGGAAUCCAUUUGUUAUUAGCCGCCACUGA